GAUACAAUCAAAAUUCUUCGGCCAAUAAAUGAUGCAACUGAGCUAUUAUCUGGCUCAUCUUAUCUGACAAUUGGUGAUGUGCGCAUUGUAAUGAUGAGUUUGCUUGUGCAUCUUGAUAUAAAUAGCGUCAAAAAUGUCAAUAGUCAAGUUGAAGUAGCAAGCACAAUAAAAGCAAAACUUGAAGUCUACUGGUCUUUAAUUCAUCAAUCAUUCAUAAUCGCAACUCUUCUCAAUUCGCGUACCAAAUUUUCAGCAUUCUUUCAAGAUGAUCAGCCACAUGCAAAAUUCACUCUACAGAAAAUGUAUGACGAAUACAAUCCAAAUAAUAUACAAACAGCACUACCCAGACUAACCUCAACUCAUAGCAUAUUUCGAGCUCUCAUUCAAAGUACAUCAUCAAAUAAUCAAUAUAAUACUCACGAAAUUGAACAGUAUUUCCAACUUCCACUUGAAGCGGAUCAUAUUAAUUCUCUUGAAUGGUGA